GCUCUCCCUCCGACUGUCGGCGGGUGCGACGGCCCGUGCUGUGGCCACUGCCAUGGCAGUGCGGAGCAUGACUCUUCCUGCCAACAAGAAGUAUGUCAACGGCCAUAAGGUUGACCCUGCUGCACAGCCGAAGCCGUCGAAUGCGGCCGAGCUGAUCAGCAAGGUCCCGCCGGUGGAGAUCGAUGGCCCGGCUACCGUGUGCGACGGCGGACGCGGGCCGCUCGGCCACCCGCGGGUCUUCAUCAACCUCGAGCCGCACCGCCCGGUCGAGUGCGGCUACUGCGGCGUCCGCUACGUCCAGAGCCACUCGCACUAA